UACUCUAGUUCAGUUGUGAAGACCGAAAAGUCAUUUUGCUUAACAGCUGUAGUAACUGCACUGUGAAAACAUUGAAACAUAAACAGGAACGGAACAGGAAUACAGUAUAGGAUCGAGAUUUCCGAAACGUGUGACACUGAAUGUGUUUAAUUAGAAUAAUAGUUUCGACCUUGACGUAGAGUGUGCUGCGAUCUGUCCAGAUUUCAGCGAACGACUCACAAUGCAGUAGAUUUCAAUAUGCCGUGGCCUUCGCAGUCGUUCCUUAAAAUGGCAGCGAUAUCGACCCAUGACUGUGAAAAUGGAAGCAAGAGGCCCCACUGCACCAUGUAGGGGACGAAUCAACAGAUCAGAACAAUAACAUCACUAUGACAAGCGAGGAUCUGCUACAGCCUGGCCAUGUGGUCAAAGAGCGAUGGAAAGUGGUGCGCAAGAUAGGAGGUGGGGGUUUUGGAGAGAUCUAUGAAGGCCUAGAUCUUGUGACAAAAGAACAAGUAGCACUGAAGGUAGAGUCAGCCCGGCAGCCAAAGCAGGUACUGAAGAUGGAGGUUGCUGUACUAAAGAAGCUGCAGGGGAAGGAACACGUAUGUCGCUUCAUUGGCUGUGGCCGCAAUGACCGAUUCAACUACGUAGUGAUGCAGCUGCAAGGCAAGAAUCUUGCAGAACUCCGUAGGGCCCAACCCCGUGGUGCUUUCUCUCUUUCCACCACACUCCGUCUUGGCUUGCAGAUUCUUCGUGCAAUAGACUCCAUCCAUCAAGUUGGCUUCCUACACAGAGACAUUAAACCUUCAAAUUUUUCUGUUGGUCGACUACCGCACAAUGCUCGUAAAGUAUACAUGUUAGACUUCGGUCUGGCUCGUCAGUACACAACAGCUACAGGAGAGGUGCGUGCCCCUCGUGCGGCAGCUGGCUUCAGAGGCACUGUCCGCUAUGCAUCCAUUAAUGCCCACAAGAACAAGGAAAUGGGUCGCCAUGAUGACCUGUGGUCGCUGUUCUACAUGUUAGUAGAAUUUGUGAAUGGGCAGCUGCCAUGGAGGAAAAUCAAAGACAAGGAACAGGUUGGCCUAAUGAAAGAGAAGUACGACCAUCGGUUGCUAUUGAAACACUUGCCAUCAGACCUACGACAGUUCCUGGACCAUAUACAGUCACUAGAAUAUGCAGAUAAACCUGAUUAUGCUAUGUUGAUUGGCCUGUUUGAACGCUGCAUGAAACGUCGAGGAGUUAAGGAAUCAGAUCCCUAUGACUGGGAGAAGGUGCCGAGUGUAACUUCAGUAACAGACAAUGCAGUUCCUCCUGCAGCUACCACCUCACCUGCCAUACUCACUCGACCAGCAACAGGCAUCCUAGGAGCUACUCGUAUAACGGACAACCUCAUGGAGGACAACCUCAUCACAAGUCUUGACAACAACCAAGAAAACAUUGAGCCAGACAACAGGCGGGAACUCGAGGCGCAGCUUGACUACGAGAGUGUGUGUCGAAGACGACGUCACAACUUACACCAGGAAACGACAUCGCCCCUGGUGACAGAGACAAAUCGUGACCGAGGUGACAAGCUAGUUAUAGACAAGAACUGCAACGCUACCCUGGCUGCUACCCAAGCCUCAAACCAGCCACUGGACACAAACACACAGCUCUUGCAAGGCUCACCAAAGAAACAGCAAGUUGCACAGCGUCGAGCAGUUUCAAUGGCAGGGGUGGACCCCACACCAGAGACACACCCGCACCUCCAUCAGCAACAUACUCCUCCAUCUAAUGCUCCUGCAACUGAUAAAGCAGUGGAUUAUGAAGGUGAUGCAGUGAUGGCAUCAGCUCGCAGCAAUUCUGACACACAGCAACAUCAGCAUACUGGCAAGAAGACAUCUGGUGUUGCUCCAAGCACACCUACUUCAGUCACUAACCAGAACCAGCAACAGGGACGCAAAUCAGGGGCAACAUUUUGUCGGCUGCGUGUUGUUACAGCUCCUGCAACCUGUGUCCAGGAUCUGCAGGGUAAAUUAAUUGGUGAACUGGAGCACCGAGGAGAUGAGGUAGGAGAAGAUGACAAAGACCGGAUCACCGUGUCGCAUGAUCUCAAUAACUCUGAGCUACCCAGUCCCCGGGUUCGUGAGGUGACAGCAGAGCUUGGUGAUUCCUACUAUUCAUUUGAAGCAGCUAAAGCAGGUUUGAUUGGAUCAUCACCAGUUACUGAACAGCGAGAUCCAUUGAAGGAACGGGUGAAAGAGCAUCGUGUGCGGCGCUUCCACUCGUCAGGAGAUACAGCCCGAAGACCAAUUAGCUGCAAGCUGAACAAUCGUGAUGCAUCUAUCACGCAGUUUGCUGUGAUAGAUGAUGACAAUGUUUCAGCUUUGCAGCAGGUCACAAGGGGAGGUGGAGGUUUGACACUGGCAUCACAGUGGAAGUCACAGUUUGAUGAUUCUGAAGAGACUGAUAAUGAAUGGAAGGGUGAGAACCUGCAGAGUCCUGAGCACAGACACACCCUGACCUCACAGGCUGUUUUCCCGGUGGAGCCCAUCCAUACCGGUGGCACUAUGAUGGUCCCCGAGACUUCUGCUAUCGACAAAGCAGCCUCUGCACAGCAGCUGACGUCUAGCCCAGCCCUGCCACCCAUUACUGUAGCUCCAGCUGCUGCAACAACAGGAACUACAACCAUAUGUAAUCUCCCUGUAGGUCGUGUUCCACCAGAAUUGUCUCGAAUCAGCGAGGACUCACGCCAGGAGAAACCCAGCCAUCAGUAUUCACCUCAGGCCCAUGAUGAAACACUACCUGUGGAUAACACAAGUAAUGGAUAUCUGAAACCUCCUCCUGGUGCACGUCCUCGCUGCCUUAAUAUAGCAGGCAUCGAGAGUUUUGUUGAGUUACAGGGAUCAUUACCACGCGCUUGGAGCUUACCUCAACUGGCAGGACACAUUAGGCCAUGGUUAGAAGCACCGUUGUUGCAGCAGGCUGCAUUUGAUGAAUUAGUGUAUGAAGUAGAUGUAAUGAGGAAUAUAGCAAUCCGACGAACACAGACUGAGAAGGAAGAGGCUGAACAUGAGAGGGAAUGUGGGAGACGUCCAAGCUUGCCUACAAUUGCUCUAAACUCAUGUCCCUUGACGAAAACAGACAGAACUUCUGCAGUUAGUAGAGGGGAGGCUGUUCAUGUUAAAAAUAAGCCGAGCCAAAUUCAGACACAGGUGGAGGUGCAGAAGGUAGAAAAGGAAGAAGAGGAGGAGGAAGAGGAAGAUGACGAAGGAAAUGCAAUGGAGCCUGUAGCAGGCCGAUUAGAGAUUCGAGUCCUGGACCGUGCAGAAGGCUCAGCAGUGGUUGAGACUGUGAACAACAACUUGCCACCAACAAGUCAAGCUCCUGCCAAGAAACCAGAAGUAAAUGAAGCAAGGGAACAUCAACCUAAAGUCAAUGGUGAAGACAGCAUACUGUCACGGAUGCCAGUCACGAUGGAGAGCAGAAGUGAAAAAGUGACAGAAGUAGUGUCAGACAGGAAUUUGAAGCCUGAGGAAUUAAACGGGUUAACAAAACUGGAGUCAUUUAAAGUUGGGGCCAUUACGAAUGGAAACAGUGGGACUAACAAUGAGGGAAACAGUCCAGUUAGUCCCAGUGGAGUGGGACAGGACGAUCCAUCUGUGUACUUUGAUGCAAAUGAAGAGAAUGUAGGAACUUCAGAUAAUACUCAGCAGUUAAACAAUAACAUUUCAGAUGGAUCUCAACAUGACAAGGAAUUGUCUCGCCGUCAUUCUUCUUGCUUGUCCCCGGUUCUGGAAGCUGAGGAGCAAAGCAGAAAGCAGCAACAGCUGCAAACAGUGUCAACAAUAACAAUAACCAGCACAACAUCUGCCACUAAGAGCAAGAUUCCAGUCCCUGUUAAGAGCCCACGUACCAGCUUCAUUGAUGCAGAGCUGACAAGGUUGUAUGAAGAAGACCAGACAGCCCUUACCAACAUGCUUCUCCACUCAGAGUCAAGUUCCUGUGUACCCAUGGCAGUAUUGCCACUACGGCGCUGUGCCACUUUACCAGAUGCCCGGGGGGGAGGCUCCAACAACACAAGCUCAGCAGAGGAUGAUACUGCAGCCCAGCAACAGCUGACCUCAUGCACACCAGCACUCAGGCGGCGUAGGGAGAGGGAAUGCAAGUAUGUCACGGACCAGUCUCAACUAAACCUACGCUUCCACCGCCCUGCACACAGGCAUCGUCAGCGGCCUGUUUCUGCUUCAGCUUCCACAGAUAUGCGCAUGCAGCCAUCCAUCCGGCACAGAGCAUCCACAGGGUCUGUACCUCUACGGGGAAUUCCAAGCCAUCUUCUUGCAUGCCCUAAUACACGAGGGGCUGAGGAGAGCAGUGAAGCAGACAGUGAUUCAUCAGGUGGGCCCCCACACCCCCAUCCACCUCCCCUUGCUGACAUGCGACUAAUGGAGAACAAUGCCAGGUGCCGUCGUUUCCACCCAGUAGCUGCCGACGUUCAUGACACAUGAAGACUUGUCCCAUUUCCCUCAUGUAACUGAAUGUUUGCUGGUGAUCAGAGUGCACGAGAGUCUGUUCAUCUCUCAUGACGAAGUGUGAUAUUAUGGCUGAAUCCUUAGUAUAUUUUAUAAACUUACGUUUUAUCCAACGUUGGAAGAAAGGAAUGCACAGUGGAAUGGGUAUGAUAAUUCAGAUCUCCUAAUAUUUGUUGGUUUAUUUUUAAUUAAUUUACAUAUGUUUAAUUUAUUAAGAAUAUGACUGCUAUUAUGUUUAUUGCUCACUUCAUUCAUUUGUGCUAGUCAUGUGACCUCCAAGAAGCUCAAGGACAGCCAUUACUAUUUAUAAAGAUUAUAAUGAACAUCUCUAGUCAGAGCUGAAGUGUUCUGGAUCUUUAAAGAGAUUAUUUUUUAUCCAACCACUCCUUGCGUUUAAAUGUUUGAGGGUGUCUGGAAAGUUCCCUGAGAUUUACUUCGUUUUGCUGCUGGAACUAAUUUGAAUAAGCCCAAAAACAUAAAACUCGCUGUGAGGUUUGGGGUCCUUAUAGCAGAGACUAUGAAGAGUAUUAUCUUGUAGGAUGUGAUGCUUUAUGCUCUCAUAGAAGUUUAGUGCCGUUUCAGAGGAACAGGCUAUCUCCAUCUUCAGGGUCAAUGCUUGUUUCUCAGCUUAUUGUUAAUGCUAAAGAUGGAAGCAGUAUGUAUUCCUCUAAAAGUCAGUAAACUUCUACGAGAGCACAGAGUACCAUAUCCCAGAAGGUUAUUCCCUGUUGACAUUGAUGUGUUUGUUUCUUUUAAAGGACAGCAGUGUAUAUUGACAUUUAUGGUGCUCGUAGUAAUAAUUCACAUUUAAAAGAGAGAAAGAAAAACAUUGUUACACUUUGUACAUUGGACAUACUCAGUGACCACUGUGCUUGUUUGGAAACACUACUCCAGCUUGUUGCUGCAUCACCAGGCAUGUUCUCAAGUCGUCAGUGGACUGCAUCAGAACACAGAGACAUUCUGAUUAUCGCUGUCAACCUGUGAACGUCAAGUGAUAAAAGCAUAUUAUACCACCAGUUAAGUUUUAGAUGCUCCUGGCAACUUUGCAGACACACCUCUGUAUAUUGCUUUCCUAGUGGUUGGAAUACUUAAUUCUCUAGAAUGAUGGAUAUUUUAAUGUUUGUUUAGUGGCAUCCCCAAAACAGUGAUGCCAUCUGCUAGAAUGUAUGGCUGGGUGAUAAUAUAAUGUAAGGGUCAGUGGCAUCAUUUGUGUGUUGUGGGUGACCCUUUAUGAGAGAUGAAUUUUAAGGAAGUUGAUGUGGAUGUCUGAGAUUAAAAAUACACAUUACUUUGAUAGGUGAUACCAAAGCUGUAAGUUUGUAGUUACAACUUGUGUACAGCUUGUGUUUCAUGCCAUGCAUUGUAAAUAUUCAUGGAAUACUGUAUAUUUUGUUUGUAUUUUAUUUUUAAGUCUUCAAAUUAAGCUUGUAACAUUAUGGAGAAUAAGAAUAAUAAAAAUACUAUGAAAUAUUUCUCUUCUUA